AAACUUGCAACUGUACCGUCGACAAUUUUGCAAAACGAGAUCACGAUCUCCGAGGCGUUGCAACAUAUGCGGGACAAUGCAACUGCAAAUUUUCAUGAAUCUAUUGACGUUGCUGUGAGCCUUGGGGUUGACCCAAAGCGAAGCGAUAUGGCCAUAAGAGGUGUGACAAAACUACCACAUCAAACUGGCAAGAUAAUCAGAGUAUGUGUCUUCGCCGAGGGAAUCGCGGCGGACGAGGCGCAUGCUGCAGGUGCACACAUUGUAGGGGGGGAGUCGCUUGUAGCUGAUAUCAAAUUGAAUGGAUUUUCUUCGAUCAACUUUGACAAGGCGAUUGCCCAUGACAAAAUGCUGCCUAAGCUCGGAGAGAUAGCCAAGAUACUUGGCCGGCGUGGUAUGAUGCCGAAUAGAAAAGUCGGCACUGUCACAUCUAACGUGGGCAAUGCAGUAAAAGAUAUGCAGUCGGGACGCGUUGAGUUCAGGGCUGAAAAGAACGCAAUAGUCCAGGCGUGCAUUGGUAAGAUGCACUUCACCGAUGCUGCCCUUGAAGAAAACGUCUUGAGCUUUUUGGUCGCUGUCAUGAGCUUACGGCCAAGAGGACUCAAAGGGGCGCCGAGUGAAAGUAAUUUUGUAAAGGAUAUUGUGUUGAGCUCUACAAUGGGUAA